ACCAGCCUGCCAUUGAGUAGUCCUGAAUUUCAAGAUUCGAUGUCACGAAGGGGCUUGAAUAUAUCUGAAGUCAGAUGCAUACCAUUAUCUGUUGGAUGGUUUGGUCAGGCAAAGACUAGAAGAGUUCUUAGUGUUCCAUGUUUGUAUCGCGGAGGGACUACUAACUUUUGGGCUAGGCCUAUUGAAGGAAUAACUAUACUAGUAGAUCUUGAAUCAAUGAAGAUCAUUAAGUAUUUGGAUAGAUUCAGGGCCCCAUUGCCUGAAGCAAAAGAUGCUGAUUUCAAUUCGUCGAGCCAGGGAUCAGUUACUUGCAAUGAAACAGGAUCCUCCAGGAUAAACAUUCAAGGCCAUGAAGUCAGAUGGGCUAAUUGGAAACUUCAUGUUGGAUUCAAUACUAGAGUAGGGAUGAUCAUAUCUACAGCUUCUAUAUUUGAUGCUGUGAGAAAUGAAUAUCGACGUGUUCUCUAUAGAGGUCAUGCCUCUGAGAUAUUCGUGCCUUACAUGGAUCCUUCGUUUGAAUGGUACUACAGGACAUUUUUGGAUGUUGGUGAAUAUGGUUUUGGGAGAUCGGUCAGUACCCUUGUCCAGUCAUUGGACUGUCCAAACAACGCGGUGUAUAUGGAUGGUUACAUGGCUGAUUCAGAAGGUCAAGUAGUACAAAUCCCUCGAGCUAUUUGCAUUUUUGAACGAUAUGCUGGCGAUGCUGCGUGGAGGCAUACAGAAAACUGAAACACCAAGGGACAGAAAGAAAUUAAUUUGGUGAUCAGAAUGGUAACAACAGUUGGAAAUUAUGACUAUAUACUUGAUUGGGAGUUCAAACAAAGUGGAUCCAUUAAAGUUGGAGCAAGUCUAACAGGGAUUAUGGCGAUGAAGGCUGUGGAAUACACGAACAACGAUCAAAUAAAUCAGGAUGUUUACGGUACUCUUGUGGCAGAAAACACAAUUGCAG